GUGUGGAAUAGGCAACGGUUUUUAAUUUUUCAACCGCGAGCUUUGGACCGAGCAUGUCGGCCCCGCCCCCGCCGUCGACCAAGUCGGUCGUCCUCGACCUCGAGCCGGCGCUCGGCCUCGUGGCGCCGCCGCCCGAAACCCUCGUCGCGAUCCCAAUGGACGCCGAGAUGAAGAAGCGACGCUCGUCGACCAUCAAGCUCCAACCGCGAGCGCCCGUGUCGGGGGCGAAACGGCCCCAGUUUAUUCCGCGCCGCCACUCGGGCGUCUCCCGCGUCUCUCGGCCGAGCGAGUCGGAACUUGACUUGAGUGACUUGCCAGGCGUGGGGAAGCCGUCAUCAAGCCACAACAUUGUGCUCAAGAUGACCAUCCACACGGACGAGGACGUGCGCACGUCGUUCGUCGUGACGCAAGACCCGCGGGGCUGUGGCAUUGGGCGCAAGCCCGCCAACGUCGUCAGCAUUCCCGCCGACAAGUAUAUGGCGGACCUCAACCACGCCGUCGUGACGCACGCCGUGCAUCCGUUGCAUGGACCCGGGUUCUACAUUACGAACGGCAACGACGGCACGAACGCCACGUACAUCCGCCUGAGCCCCGUGAGCCUCGACGACCACGCGUCCAAGACUCAGUGGCCGCUCUCGCUCGGGUGCCAGUUCCGCGCCGGCAAGUCCGAUAUUGAAGUCCUCUCGCUCGGCCCAUCGUCGCUGCGCCUCAAGGUCCUCUCUGGAAAGCUGGUCGGCAACACGUACGACGUGGACGGGCGUGGCGCGACCAUAGGCCGGUCCGCCGACAACACCAUCCACACAGGCGACGGCGAGCUCUCGCGGCGCCACGCGUCCAUCUGGUGCGACGCUGUCGACGGACGCUUUUACGUCCACGACGUUGGGUCGACCAACGGCACGUUCAUGAAGCUCUGCGGUGCGUACGCAGAUCCGUACCGUCUCGAGAUUGGCGACCACAUUCUCGUCUCCCAAACCUGCUUGUCCGUCAACCGGUUUGACUAUGGCGUCAACGACAACAUGGGCUGCCGAAAGCACAUGGAAGACGCGCACUCGCUCAUCCAGGAUAUGAACAUUGCCGCGCUCUCCAAAGCAGGCUAUGCCCCGCAGUCCUUCUUUGGUGUUUUUGACGGCCAUGGUGGCCUCGAAGCCUCGGUCUACCUCCACGACAACCUGCACAAGCACAUUAUCAGCGAACUCCAAAUGCGGACAGCCGACGCCGAUCUCUCCAAUGCCGCCGACGUGGACGCUCUCAUCGUCGCUAGCCUCACGACGGCCUUUGAACAGACGGACGCGGCGUUUCUCCAGGAGUCGGACCGACCGCAAGCGGGCAGUACGGCGACAACGGUCUUUAUUGCAGGUCGCCGCAUGUAUGUUGCCAACGUCGGGGACUCGCGCACGGUCCUCAGCCGAAAUGGCGUGGCCGUCCGGCUCUCGAACGACCACAAGCCCUCGAGACCGGACGAAGCCCAGCGGAUUCGAGACACGGGCGGCUUUAUCAUCCACGGACGCAUCAUGGGCGAGCUGGCCGUGUCACGUGCCUUUGGCGACUGCGAGUUCAAGACGUACGACACGCAUGGCAGCCAGUCGAGUCUGCGUCUCGAGGACGAGUUUGGCGUCGAGCAGCCGGUCGUGAACCCGAAUGAGAUCCUGAAAGGGCCAUUGGUCAUUGCGACGCCCGAAGUGACGACGAGCGACGUCACGGACGAGGAAGAUUUUUUAUUACUGGGCAGCGACGGCCUCUUUGAUGUGUUUGAGGACCAAGAAGCCGUCGACUUUGUCACAACCCAACUGCGCAAAGGCGGUGACGUCCAGCGCACCGUCGAGGCGCUCGUCGAGUAUGCGAUCGGCACACAAGGCUCAAGAGACAAUGUCACGGCCAUCGUCGUGCUCUUCAAGGACAUUGCGGCCAUGUAAAUAGAACCUCGACUUGUCUUACUUGUAAUACAGCAAUGAACCACCAAUGUACAGU